UGCAGUUGAGUUACGACCGACUGUCGAAGAACCCCGGCACGCUGCGGCGUCGCUGGGGUCCCAUGAUCGGCCGGCUCACCAAGAUCACGCACUUCGACUGGGAGGAGCUCGAGUCGCUGUGCUUCGUGUUCCACGCGCUCACCCGAACAGUCCCGAAGGGAAAGAUGCUCCGGAAAGACUUCAUCGAGAUAAUGCACAGCGCUCUCGACAUGACCAACACGGGCAACGUCGACUACUCGUACAAGAUGUACGACCUCAACAACACGUCGUACAUCAGCAUGGAGGACUGGUGCCGCGGACUGUCCGUGGCGCUGCGGGGGACCCUGGACGAGAAGAUCAAGUACUGCUUCCAGACAUACGACAGAUACGGUGAAACUUGCCUCAAACGCAAGUCCCUAAUAUGGAUGGUGACUGAGAACUGGAAGGUCACGCCCGAAUCGGAUACGCAGGUGCAGGUCGAAGAGCUGCUGGAAAUGGUUUCGACCGGCAUAGCAGCAGACUCUGAGAAGGGUAUUACGGAACGGGACUUCAGCAAGGCUGUCACGAAGUACCCAAUGCUGCUGCAGUUCCUCGGCGAGGUGCUGCCUCCCAGACCCGCCGUCCACACCUUCCUGUCCACCAUGCUACCUCGUGCUCGGCCGUACGAGUACUGCCCGGACUACCGCACCGAGCGCGAGCCUGACCCUAAGCCCUUCCGGGCUUUCGGAUCCAGCGGGUCCCAGGAGGUUGUGCACCGGCUCGGCGGCCGAAAUCAGGUCGCCCGGACGCCCAGCGUCGCGGUGCCCCAGGCGGGGGCUGACUUUUGAGGGACUCGCUCUUUAUGCACUUGGCUUUGGGACUUGGGUACUUUUACCCCCCCAUUGCAAUUGCACAUUUACGAGCACGUUUGUAGUAGCAGCGCACGUAAUUGACUUAUUGUGUGAAGACCUGCUUAUUCUGUUUUACUGCGGUUGACUGGAGUGAAAGCAAAAUCGUGGAAAACAAGUGGAAAGGGAAUGGUAAUGGUGACAACUGCCAGGUGUGGUAAGGUUAGU